GUGCUUUUAGAAGAUAACCUAAUCCUUGCCGUAGUUGGCACGAUCUCCGACCGCCACUUGAUCUCCUAGCAGCCAGAGCCUGACGGACACACCCACUCAGAUACAAUAACACACUUUCCCCAUAACCAUUAAGGAACUCAGGCUGACCGGCUCUACUGCUUUGUUUUUAAGAUGCAAUCAUGAAGAAAAUGCUCUGAAGUAACUGGCCAGCUGGCCGGCUUGCUGGCUCUUCUGCUGAAAAAUCACCUUUGAAAAUCUGGGAAGGAGCAAGCUCUCCGGCUCUGGACAAUCUCUGGAUGUUUGCUGGUGACUACGGCAAUGGGAAAGUUAAAAAUCGCUUAUGAGUACUCGGAAGCAGAGGAUAAAAGCAUCCGGCUUGGGCUCUUUCUAAUUCUUUCUGGGUUCGUGUCCCUUUUUAUCCUAGGAUUUUGUUGGCUUAACCCUACUUUACAGAAUCUGCAGUGCAAAGCAACCAACUGCACAGUGCUGUCGGUGCAGCAGCUCAUAGGCGAACUCUUUGAAUGCACCUUCACUUGUGGGACAGAUUGCAAAGGUACCUCUCUGUACCCCUGCCUACAAAUCUAUGUAAAUAACUCUCAGUCUAAUUCCCGGGCACUUCUGCACUAUGACGAACAGCAACUCCUUCUGAAUCCAAAGUGUUCGUAUAUUCCACCUUGUGAGAGGGAUAAUCAGAAGAAUACAGAAACUGUUACGCACUGGCAAGAAUAUUGGAAGGAGGAGAUUGGAUCACAGCCUUUUAUUUGUUUCUUUAACCAGCACAGAAGGCCAGAUGAUGUGCUUCUAAAGCGUAGCCAUGAUGAAAAUGUCUUACUCUACUGUGUGUUGUGGCCUCUUCUUACCCUCCUUGUGGGUGUUCUAAUUGUUGUCUUGACAAUCUGUGCCAAGACUCUGGCAGUUAAAGCAGAAGCAAUACAGAAGAGGAAAUGUUCCUAAAAAGGGACACACCUCAUUGCAAGAUGCAGUUCUUCAGACAGUAGUUGAAAACGAAUACUCACUUAUACCAUUCUGAGAUUAAAAUGCAAAGAUUGAGAUGAUACCAACAUGAAACAAGCAUUAUUUCACUACUCAUAGCCAUAAUUUGAAAAGAAAAUAAAUACUGGGUUGAUAUUUAUUAUGAAGUUUGCAUGUACCCUGUCAGUCAGUGCAUGAUGCUUAUUUUACAAAUUCUGUGACCAUUACAAGGAGCGUUCUGCACCCAGAGGAUUAUACAAUGGAGUUCUGAACUUCAGUCUAUCGUUUCUUUUUUACAAUUGCCACAGGGUACUAAAUUCAAAACAACAGUUAUAUGAACUAAUUCAGUGUGAGCUGUUGCAUUACUUGCUGCCAAGCAUUUUUGUAGCAGGUGUCUGCUAUAGAAAAGCGCAGAAAAAUGCUGCAUGACCAGGCAGUGGAAACCCUGCUAAUGUCUGCCAUAACAUCAGCUGGUGAUAAUGUGCAUGAGAUGCCAUUAGAGAACAAGGACACUUGCUGGAGAUUAUAAAAUAUGUACAUAGUUACUAUGUUUUUAAUGGUUCAUUCUGAAUCUACUAUGUCCUUAUGCAAAACAUGUUAAAAAAGCAAUUCUAAUUUUGUGGCUCAAAAUAUUUGUAAAUAAAUGCUUUCUUCGGAAAGCACAAUUAAGUAUUAUUAAAAAAGGACUUGAAUGUAAACAUAUGUGAACAAAUGGAGAUAUUUAUUAAUGAAA